UUUGGGUCUGCCGUGGGGAGGAGCAGCGCUGACGUUGCCGGAAAUCAGCUGCUGGAACCUCUGCUAGCUUGCCCUGUGCUGCUGCUUUGUCACCGGAGCUACCGUUGCUCCAUCCUUUGAAUUCCUUGUAGUACAAGUUGCGGUUGUUGCUGCGAAGGUGGAAUGGAGUUAUGGUUGCGGCCGCCGCUAUUGUGGGCCAGGAGAAAAAUGAGUUUCGACGCAUUUUAUGACUUUUGGGUUUUGACUAUUCGAGAAACAAACUAUCGUGGAUAUUGGAUAGCAGUGACUAACUUCGGACAUUAUUGUUUUCUGUUUUACACCACGACGCACACUGUUUUUAGAGGGGGAAAAAAAAAGGGUAAUGCAAUUAUGAUGUCACAGAAUUUGCCACUGCCACUACUACUUCUCUUUUGUUUCUUUUGCUCACCCAUACUUAUCCAAGGAUCAAAUCAAGAUGAAAGAAAGCCGUACAUUGUAUACAUGGGAGAAUUACCAGAGACAAGAAGUUAUGCCGUGGAAGACCACCACCAUAAUCUACUGACUGCAGCGAUUGGAAACAAGAAAUUAGCGAGAGUGUCGAAAAUACAUAGCUAUGGAAAGAGCUUCAACGGAUUCGUUGCGCGACUUUUGCCACAUGAAGCAAAGAAACUGCAAGAGGAGGAGAAUGUGGUAUCUGUGUUCCCAAACACACGGCAAAAACUACACACGACAAGGUCUUGGGAUUUCAUAGGAAUGACCAAGAAAGUGAAGAGACGCAGCAACAUAGAGAGCCACAUCAUUGUGGGUGUGCUAGAUACAGGAAUAUGGGUUGAUUGCCCCAGUUUCAACGAUAAAGGGUAUGGACCUCCACCACGACGAUGGAAGGGCAAAUGUGUUACGGGAGCCAACUUCACUGCUUGCAACAACAAGGUGAUCGGAGCAAAAUACUUCAACCUGGACCCAGUCAGCCAAAUGCCCGACAACAUCAGCCCGGCGGACGACCAGGGCCACGGCACUCACACUUCCUCCACGGCUGCGGGCGUAGCCGUGGAGGAUGCAAGCCUCUACGGCAUUGGCAAAGGCACUGCACGUGGUGGCGUCCCGUCUGCCCGCAUUGCCAUGUACAAGGUUUGCUGGACUGUUGGAUGCAGCGACAUGGACAUGCUUGCCGGCUUCGACGAGGCCAUUGCUGAUGGCGUCAAUUUAAUUUCGGUCUCAAUUGGAGGGCCUUCCAGGGAGUUCUUCAAUGACCCUAUUGCAAUUGGUGCAUUCCAUGCUAUGAAGAGAGGGAUUCUCACUUCUUGCUCUGCCGGCAAUGACGGUCCUCACCUUUCCACUGUUGAGAAUGUUGCUCCUUGGAUACUGACGGUGGCUGCUUCCACCGUUGAUAGACAGUUCACGACGGUGGUAUCCUUGGGGAAUGGCAAGAACACCACAGGACUAUCUAUCAAUACCUUUUGCCCCGAGCAAAAGAUGUACCCGUUGACUAAUGGAGUGCUUGCUGCUAACGGAACUGGAGAUGGCUAUGGCAAUCCAAUUUCUUGUGAUUAUGGGACAUUACAGAAGGACAAGGUGCAGGGAAAGAUAGUGUACUGCCUAGGGGGAAUGGGUAAUCAAGACUUGAUCAUCAAAGAAUUGGGUGGAGCAGGGACUAUCAUAGGCCUUGAUAACAGAAUAGAUGACUCCUACAACGUAGUUAUUCCAGCUACGUUUGUUGAAGCCAAUACUGAUGGCAGAGACAUUGAUCUCUACAUCAAUUCCACAAAGGAUGCUACAGCAGUGAUACACAAGACAACGAGUACAAAGAUCCCUGCUCCAUUUGUUGCUUCUUUCUCAUCAAGAGGCCCUCAAUUUAUCAACCCAAACAUCCUCAAGCCUGACUUGGCUGCUCCAGGACAAGACAUUCUGGCUGCAUUUUCCAAAUUGGCAACAAUAACAGGGUACCCUCAAGACUCACGUUAUGAAGUUUAUAAUAUAUUAUCAGGGACAUCAAUGGCUUCCCCACAUGCCAUUGGAGCUGCUGCCUAUGUCAAAUCUUUCCACCCUGAUUGGAGCCCUGCUGCAAUUAAAUCAGCCCUCAUGACCACUGCUACCCCCUUGAAAACAAGCGAUAAUUUCUCGGAGCUGGCAGCUGGGGCAGGACAGAUAAACCCAGCUGGAGCAGUUCAUCCUGGCUUAGUUUAUGACAUUAGAAUUGACUCCUAUGUCGCCUUCCUAUGCAAGCAAGGCUACAACGCCACCAACAUUGGCAUGCUUAUAGGAACCAAGAAUUUUGACUGCGCAAGCGCCAAGCUCGCGCAAGGCACCGAUGGACUCAACUACCCCACCGUGCAUCUCCAGCUUAUGUCUGCUAAUGAAAAGAUUUCCGCAGUCUUUCAUCGGAGAGUGACUAAUGUAGGAUAUGGGACCGCAACAUAUAAAGCUAAAGUUACAGCACCUGAGGGUGUUUCAGUUCAGGUGAUCCCAGAUACGUUGGUGUUUAGUGGAUUGCAUCAAGAGCUGUCGUUUAAAGUUGUCUUAAAGGGGCCACCAAUGGCGAACGAGACACGGGUGUCGACUGGAUCAAUUGAAUGGCAAGAUUCUAAACACAACGUCAGAAGUCUCAUACUCGUAUACAAACCAAUGUUGUAAAGCGGCAGAAGGCACAUUUCAAAACAUAGGAUUUCAUAACUUAUGUAUUUAGUCCCGAACAGUUCUGAUAUUUUGCUUUCAUUGUAAACAUUUAGGUUAGUUAUAUGGUUUAGCCUAAUGAAUUUUAGUGCACGAAUGAUCAAAUCUUUCUGCUUGCGAAUUGUGAACGACAUGAACCCAUGCAUCACUCCAUUUUUUCUCCCUAUCGGUCUGUUAACAGAUGAUAACCAUUCUAAUUAAGUUGUUUGCAGCAAGAACGUUUGUUGAGCCAUAUCACCGGGUGCGGGUGAAACGGGACACUUGAACAUUGCUAAAUUGCUGGCGGAAAUGCGCUCCUAAAAUGGACCAACCGUUAUGUUAAAUAACUUUUAAAAGUAAUAUGACUCAGACUUGGUGAUUGUACAAGGCAUGCAAUAAAUAGGAUUAACUGCUCAAAGCCUUAAACAUAGUAAAGUUCGAGAAUCCGGAUGAUAAUAUCUAAUCGACUACCAAUAAAACAACUCAGCUGGUUUCGCUACUUCACAAAACCAACGAUCCCACUUUUUCUCUUCCCUUGGGAG